GAUUGUAGAUCAAAUUACUCGUGUAAAGUUUCGGAAAGAUCAUAAUAAAGAUAUGAUCAGGUGGAACUUCAUAUGUUGUCCUUGGAUAUUUCAGAUAUGGAUCUGUGAAGCAAUGCCGAAAUUGGGAGAAAUGAUUGGACAAAGAAUUCCAGGAAAUCAUAUUCCACGAUGGAUUGGUUGGAAUAUAAAUGUUAAGGUCCAAAAUAUCACAGUUGCAAGAAUAUCCAAAGUAAUAGAAGAAGAUGAUGAGUUCUUUGUGCGACCUACUCUAGUUCCAAGUGCGGAAGAGAAGGCACAAUUGUUCUAUGAAAGGCUUCAUAGCUAUGUAGACAAUGCAGAUGACAUUAUAGAUAAGAUUUCUUCAUUUUUAGGCGGCAAUGUCAUCCUGCGUAAUAAUCCUCGUAUUGUUGCGGGAGAAGAGGCCCACAAUAAUACGGUGAAUCCUCUUAUAGCCACUUCCAAUGCCAUAAAAAAGUACUUGAACGUAUUUUCUGAAUCAAGUUCAAUGUGGGUAACUGUGCCUGGAUUUACCUGCUUCAAAAUAUGA